CUCAGUGUUCCAGAACUUAGAAAAGGCCAUUGGUCCAAGACAGUAGAAGCAGUUUACUUACUGUGGCCGACCCUGGGCCAGAUUAAAGUUGGUGAUUGGCAGAUAAACUCUUUUCUUCAGCCUUAGUUGACUGCCUUCACUGUUCAGGGCUCAAAUUCCCUGCAUUCCGAUCCUGUCGCUGGUCUCUUUUAUAACCUCCCACUUCCUAGCUUAGCAAUGAAGCCGUUGUGGCGAUUUCAGGUACUGGGAAAGGCCUUGGGACCUCUCCUUGUCAAUUGCCAUCCUUCCACACAUCCUUUUUCCAUCUCCUCCCUCCCGCUCCCCAUCAUUCCUGCGUCUUAGAGGUUGGCCCCCUGCCUUCCUGGGGAAAGGCCCCUUAAAUUAAUACCUCAAAGCCACCACCGAGACAAUCCCACUUCGCUUUCCAUCCUAGCAGCCAUCAUGAUGCUCGUUUCUGCCUCCCUAGUCUUGCUCCUGCUUCUUUUCCAGAACCAGGGUUCUGUGGAUGGGGUCCGUCCUCAGCUGAGAGGUGCCCAGUGCAGGACAAGGCCUACAGAUCUGGUGUUCAUUGUGGACAGCUCCCGAAGUGUGCGCCCCAAUGAAUUUGACAAAGUCAAGAUUUUUGUGUCUCAGGUCAUUGAGGCCCUUGAUGUAGGUCCUAAUACAACACGGGUUGGAGUCAUCAACUAUGCCAGUGCUGUCAAGAAUGAACUGUCCCUAAGAACGCAUCAAACAAAGACCAGCCUGUUACAAGCGGUUCGCAAAAUUGAGCCUCUCUCCACUGGGACCAUGACCGGCCUGGCUAUACAAUUUGCCAUCAACAGAGCAUUCAGUGAAGGGGAAGGAGCCAGAGUGAGAUCCCCAGAGAUCAACAAGGUGGCUAUCGUAGUGACUGAUGGUCACCCCCAGGAUGGGGUGAAAGACGUAUCAGCAAGGGCAAGAGCUCUUGGGAUUGAAAUCUUUGCCAUUGGUGUGGGCCGCGUCGACAUGCACACGUUGCGACAGAUAGCCAGCCAGCCCUUGGAUGACCAUGUGGAUUAUGUUGAAAGUUAUAGUGUCAUUGAGAAGCUAAGCAGAAAGUUUCAGGAAGCUUUCUGCGUUGUGUCAGAUUUGUGUGCCACCGGAGACCAUGAUUGCCAGCAGAUUUGUGUCAGUACAGGAGCCUCGUACGCCUGUGCUUGUGAAGUGGGUUUCACUCUUAACAAUGAUGGGAAGACCUGCAGUGUUUGCAAUGGAGGAGCUGCCACAGAUCUCAUCUUUCUGAUAGACGGGUCGAAGAGCGUGAGGCCCGAGAACUUCGAGUUGGUGAAGAGAUUCAUUAACCAGAUUGUGGAUUCUCUGGAGGUGUCAGAUAAAACCACUCAGGUGGGCCUGGUCCAGUACUCUAGUUCAGUCAAGCAGGAGUUCCCCCUGGGGCAAUACAAGAACAAGAAGGAUAUCAAAACAGCAGUGAGAAAGAUGACAUAUAUGGAAAAGGGCACCAUGACUGGCCAGGCUUUGAAAUACCUCGUAGACAAUUCCUUCGCCAUCUCUAGUGGAGCAAGGCCUGGUGUCCCCAAGGUGGCCAUUGUAUUUACUGAUGGACGUUCCCAAGAUUACAUCAAUGAUGCAGCCAAGAAAGCUAAAGAACUAGGGUACAAGAUGUUUGCGAUUGGGGUGGGCAAUGCCAUUGAAGAUGAACUCAAGGCAAUUGCCUCUGAACCGGUGGCAGAGCACUACUUCUACACAGCUGAUUUCCGAACCAUCAAUCAAAUUGGAAAGAAGCUGCAGACUAAAAUAUGUGUUGAGGAAGAUCCAUGUGAAUGUGAAGCUGUUGUCAAAUUCCAGAGGAAAGUAGACAAUCUCAUAAAGGCAUUGACACAAAAACAUAUCCUUUGGCAGCCACUUGGAAUAGGCUGCAUUAGGGCAUCUUUUGGGCUUGAAGUGAUCAUGGAAAGCAGAAACCUGAUUUACACCAGGUGA